ACAAUGGAAAAUGUAUUCUUGCAGCCAUUGUAUUUAAAUGCAUCGCACGGAAGUGUGGGGCGAAGAAAUUUCUUCGCUUGCCUUCACAAACUUAUUGCUGGUAGUGCAGCGAUCUCUCCCGCUGGAUUUUAUGCCGCAUCCACCGUUCGCGGCCGGUUGAUACCAUCAACGCGGGCGAACCGUCGCUCUGCCCACUGAGGAAGCGCGAAAAGGAAUAGCAUCGAAAACGGCAUCAUUACUAUAUCGCACCCCUGCUGUCCCAUUAUGCAAAUGAACGCGAUGUGGCGGCAUGAGCAUUGUUUAGUAGAGACCGUGAAGUCAUCGAUAGGAAAAGGCGCACACGGUGGUCUGCAUCUUUGGCUGCGCCUGGAAACUAGGUUCCUUGGAUAACAAAGAAAAAAAACAAUGCGAGACCUAACACGAAGUUUGACACAGACACCUUUUUGCCAUUUUUUAAAUUGUCAGUGUGAAUUAACUGGUUCAUCGCUGUGGAGCCUAAAUCCUCGAGAUCUCUCAAAUGUUAAUAACAAUGCAGCAAUCGGGAGCUCUGUACAGUGCAACAUUUCCCCUAAUGCUGCAUCAGGUUGUUAAGCAUAUGACGAGUUUGUUAUUCUUGUGUUGCAAACCCUACAUAUCAAUCAUUAAUGCUUACAUGCUACUUAGUAACUGCUCUUAAACUCAACGCAUACGAACUUAAAAUGCACUUGGCUUCCGGUGUAUUUUGUGUAAUUUGAAAUGGCUUCCACGUUUGACCAGCUCGGACACUUCCCCAGCAAAGCAAAACUUGCUAGAUAUUCAACAGCACAUUUCGGAAAGCUUUGCCCUUGGAACUCUGAAGAGGAAUGCUGCUGUGAUUCCACAGGCCAGCAGAAGGAAGACUACAAUAAUGAAGCAAAUUCAACAUUUAGAGAAACAACUUUAGAUCUUGGCACCUCCAGACGGCAGCGCAGUGCUCAUCAGUGUGUGCACAACUCACCUGCCAACAAAGGGGGAACACAGCUCGCAGAAACUACGGGCAGUGACCUGUGCCCCUCCGAAAACGUGCAUGUCAACGAGUCAUACGUUUGCAACUACUGCAGCAAGUCCUUCAAUGCACGUGGCAACCUGAAGACUCACCUCCGCAUCCACACUGGCGAGAGACCAUUUCAGUGCCAUCUGUGCCCUCGGGCUUUCACGCAGAAGGUGACCCUCGUGCAUCACGUGCGGACACACACAGGGGAGAGACCUUUCCAGUGCCGCUUCUGUCUGAAGGCAUUUGUACGCAAGUUGGAGCGCAAGGACCACGAGAUCCGCAAGCACUUGAAAGGAACCGCUACUUAUUACUCUGUCGCUGUGGAUCGCCACCCUGGCCGACCACAGUCUCUUCAAGGCAAGCACAUGGGAAGACGUUUGCGGCGAUGUCUCGAGUGCGGCUACACCACAGCUUAUCACUCGAGCAUGCAGAAUCACCAAAGAAUACACACGGGCGAGCGCCCGCAUAAGUGCGACUACUGUGGCAAGGCCUUCAUGCAGAAAGGCAACCUGGUUGCGCACCUACGCAUCCACACUGGCGAGAGACCUUUCCACUGCCACCUCUGCCCCAUGGCCUUCACGCAGAAGAUAAACCUUUUCUCUUCUGUUGAAGUUUGUGUGCUUCGUGCUCUCAUCUUUUGUAGAUCCCACAGCUAUUUCACAGAUAUGAAGCAUAACUCCAACACUUCUUUUUUGUUGUAUUCCUUUUUUCUCAUUCUUCACAGGCAGCAAAGUAGUUCACCACACUUGAGGCAUUAUAGUACUUUUGCCACUGCCGUAAUAUUGAAAGCUAUGGAACUUUGUCAGUGCAUCACCAGACGGCAGCACAGUGCCCAAGAGCGUGUAGAUGACUUCUCUGUCAAACGAGUGGGACAAUAUUUCCCACUUGCUGAAGAUAGUCGGGCCGACCUGUGCCCCUCUGAAAAUGUGGACCUCGAGCUGCACCUUUGCCGCUACUGCAACAAGUCCUUUGCAACACGUGGCAACCUGAACGCACACCUUCGCAUACACACUGGCGAGAGGCCGUUUCAGUGCCACCUGUGUCCCCGGGCCUUCACACAGAAGGCAACCCUUGUGCACCACGUGCGGACACACACGGGGGAGAGACCGUAUCAGUGCCGCUUUUGUCCCAUGGCCUUUGCACGCAAGUUGCCCUGCAGGUACCACGAACUCCGCAGGCAUCCAAAAGGGACCGCUGCUCCUAUGCAGCAUGCAAGACAGCUGCAGCUGCAGCAGCACAGCAGUGCAAAAAUCGAAGAAAGAGGAACUACAUACGGCUUUAUUAUUCCGGCCGCUGCACCGGUACGGAGGAAGUCCGCACGAUCUGCUUCGCGCAUUAUUUGUUUUCAAGGCACCCGCGUCCACAUCACAUGGCUGCCAUUGGCUGCGUUCAAUCACGUUGGUUUUGAUAGGGCUAUCCAAUCAUGCGCCUGUUUGUUUUUGCCUUUGUUUUUUUGCCGUAGAGUUUCAUACAAUGGUUUUUGCUUUGCUUCUUCUUCCUCCACCUCCUCACUCAAUCGCUACAGAUGCCACAGCUAUUUAACAGGCGCCGUCAGAUGGCAGCAUGGGACUCGUCAACACGUAGGCAACUCGUCUGCCAGACAUGCUGGACAACAUUUCUCGCACACGGAAAUUAGUGGGAGUGACUUGUGCUCCUCAGAAAACGUGGACCCUGAGCUGCACACUUGCGGCUACUGCAACAAGUCGUUCACAAAGCGUUCCAGCCUGACUGUUCACCUCCGCAUCCACACCGGCGAGAGACCAUUUCGCUGCCACAUGUGCCCUCGAGCCUUCGCGCAGAAAGUUAAUCUCACACAUCACUUGAGGACACAUACAGGGGAGAGACCAUUCCAGUGUCGCUUUUGUCCCAUGGCCUUUGCACGCAAGUUGCCGCGAAGAUGUCACGAGCUCCGCAUGCACUUGAACGGGGUUGCAGCCCUUUGAAGGGCUUGCCUCAUUUCUGUCGCAUUUGCUGGUAGAGAGCGUGGUGGGAAAUCUUUGCAAGCAAGAUGCUUUUGCCUACCUCAAGUUCCUAUGAGAUUGUCAGACUUUGCAGGAGGACUGCGUUUAUGCGUACUUAAAUGGAUUAUGGACACUAAAGCGUAACGAUAAAUUAGUUUAGUGAAUCAAUGAAAUUGGCAAAUAUACUAGUUCUGAGGGAAUAUUUUAUUCAAGUGUUUCUUCAAGACAUUGCUUUUGUCAAUUUUGUGGCAAGAAGUUUAUUGCACACAAUGGAAAUGGAGGACAAACUACGUUUUUUUUUUUAUUUUAUACAAGAGCACCACCGCCAAUUUAUUGUCAUUUAUUCCGAAGUAUUUCAACAUUUUUGGGCUUGUGUGGCUCAGUGUGAAGUCCUCAAAACUUGUUUGUCUUAAAAUACAGGGUAGCAAAUUUUUACUUAUGAAGCAAAAUUAUGGAUAUCAGAUUACAUGCUAUCACAAUCCCAUGUCACGGCGUUGCCACUUGUUUUUUACCAAGUGUUCUCUUGCGGUAAGAGUGGCUUUUCUGGUAUUGUAGGAGCAUAAUUUAGUGAUACAGAUCAACCUAUUUUUAUGUUUAGCAUCCUUUCUAGAAUAAACCACAACAAAGCUUCUUUAGCAGCAUUCCAAAGGUCUGGUGAGAAUGGUCGCAGCUAGGCAUAUAGGAAACUUGGAUGUUGUGGCAAGACAAUUUAUAUUGCUCGUAGGACGGUAAAAAAAGCUGUGAUUUCAUCCUAUCUACUUAACUAUAGCAGUAAUUCAGAAGCUGCACAACAGGGUAUUGUGAAAUAUAAAUGUGUGACAGUGUAUACUAGACUGUUCAUUUUGAUGAUUUAUAUCAUAAGAAAGAUAUUUGAAAGAGACUAACAUGCUCAGAAAGCAAUGAAGUAGUGGCAGGCCAUUUGCUGGAGCUGUUGGUGUCACCUUGCAAGUCUAUCUUCACAUGCAGCUAGUUUAUAUGUACAUUUGUGUCAUAUGCUUCCUCUCUAUACACUCUUUUCAAUGUGUUCACACUAGAUCAAGGCUUUGUGUGAUGAAAGCAUCCCUGUCAUUACAACACUGUCGCAGUUGGCUUGUCCAAGGUUGCUACUGUGGAAUUUUUCAAUUCGUUUUGAGAGAUUCACUCACUAAAGCAUACUAUAUGAGGUGCCUGAAAAUCACUUGCGAUGGACUAAUUAUAUCCGACAGUUCUGCACUACCUCCAUUCGUGCCUGCAGGACAGCUUCAAUCACAUGAUGUGGAACGGUCAGUGUUCAUUAUGUACUGUUGCCCUUCUGAGCUAUGUGGGGGUGUUUAGUGGUUCACCUUGUAUGUGGCCUUAGAAUAUUUUUGCUUUGUGUCAUUCAGCCUCGGCGAAAAUAUAGGUCAUGAGAGUUCCUCAUCAAAUUGUAUUGCAUGAGGUGACCAUUUCGCUGUCAUGUUUAUGCGCAGUGAUUAGUAGUUGCACUUGUUAUACUCUGUGUGGAUCACAAUGUUUGAGGUAGUGUUUGUAUUUUAUUUAAGCAUACAUUGUUGUUCACUUCCUACUAUAUGCAGUCAGUGUGCUUGGAAUGGCAGAAGCAAUUCUGAAAGGCACUUCAGAACGUUGAAUAUAAGUAACAAAUAAUAGCACCAGAAAUAUGUAUUGCUGGCAGUUGGGGCCAAAGCAACAAUAUAAUUUUUGGGAGGUAUACUAGUUAACCUGGCUACCAUUUAGCUUGCGUAUUUUUGUGUUUUAUCUUUACAUACACUUUCAAGACAUAAUGCAAUGACCUUUUUAACAGUAGUUCAGGCAAAAAGCAGGGCUGGUUUGAACUUGGAAAUCUAAGACAUUUCCAAUGUAUGUCCUCUUGUUUAUUCUUCUUGCAGAGUGUUCUUUUCCCACUUUAAUUGCUGGAAAUGUCACAAGGCCUUCUGCAUUGCAAUGUUCUACAUCAGCACCAAAGGGUGUAGAUGUGCUGGAUUUCUUUUUGUUUAAUAUGAGAUGUUUGAAAAAGGGCAUUUAAAAAAAUUUUUGCAAGAUUGCAUUUCAACAUUCUAUUUUCAUGUGUAAAAAAAUAGUGCAUUUCUCCAACCUGAAGGCUGCGAAAAAUGAUUAGGCAUGGUAGUUGUAGGGGCCUCGUGUUUCCAUUCAUGCUCUACUGAUUGCUCUCUGAUGGUGCUCCCAACUACAUGUUUACCAAGAUGGUGAGCUUUUCUGAUCUGACAAUUAGCUAGCUCUAGCCUUGACUGAGUCUCAUUCUCAGUCUCAUUCUCAUCAGCUCAUUCUCUACUUUUCACGGCUGUGCAUGCUACAUAUGAAAGAAUUGCAUGCAGAAAGCUGUUGCAUCGCUGUAUUCAGGGCAAACCCCAAGCUGCAGCCAAGUGUCUCAACAUCAAUAUUUGGUUGCAUCCCAAAACAAAAUUUGUUUCAUGCACGGUUAUGGAGAUAGUCACUCGGGCCACAAGUUGGGCAUCUUUCAAAACUGGAAGUUGAUCAUUCUGAGGAACCAGUGGGACCAGAAAUGAAUCAAAAGAAUCUCUGAAAAACAGACAGCUGAAGCUAAAUCUCAUCGUGGCAGUCUAGCAAGAGAAGCCCGGAUGAAGGGGCAGGCUUGCAGAGGUUCUAAAGGUAACGCCUUUGCAACAGGAUAAUUUUGAAGCUUUACACAUCUCGUAGAAAGCCGAAUUGCAUUCUGGCCAAAUUUCAUGUAUGUUUAUUACCUUUAAUAUUAUUUAACUUUCAACUUUCAACUUCACCUUUCUUUUUUCGUUUUUAAUUUUGGACUGUUUUUACUUCUCCACAAAACUUCUAUGACUCAAGAGGGAGCCACCCAGGAAUAAACCGCGCAACAGUUUCUGCAAUAAUAAAGUUCCUCCUCCUCCUCCUC